UAUUCAAAACCCAUUAAUCCGUUACUUCUCCUGUCAACUCUCUUCGCUCGCACGCCAUUACCAUCUCCUCUUCUCUGCGCAAUUUCUCUCUGUCUCUGCAAAUUAUACAAACAAAAGCUGUCCACUUUUCUUAUCCUCCGCCACUAUACAAAUCAAAUUCCUCGCCUUUUUUGUUUCCCAAGAAAAAGAAAAACAAAAGCUAAAGAAAUAGAUAAAGAAUUCUUCCAAUUCACUUUAUUUCUUUCUAUAAAUCAAACCCAGUCAACAAAAUUAAAUACCCAAAUCAUGAAUCUUGCAAGAUUGCUCGUUUUCUUGUAUUUAUGUUCACUUGUUUUUUCUGAGGAGCAAUUUAACCCCCACAUUUUCCCCAGGCCGUUAAUUCUUGAAUACCCAGAUAACACAAUUGAAACCAAGACUACCCGGGAAUUUGAUAAUGAGCUUCAAUUACAGUGUACUAGUUGGAGAUUUGCGGUGGAGGCUAAUAAUUUAAACCCGUGGAAAACAAUUCCGCAGGAAUGUGCAGAGUACGUGAGAGAUUAUGUUAUGGGAAGAGGCUAUCAAGUUGACCUUGAAAGGGUUUACAAUGAGGCUGGUGUGUAUGCGAAGAGUGUGGAAUUGAGGGGUGAUGGAAUGGAUGCUUGGGUUUUUGAUGUUGAUGAGACUUUGCUAUCUAAUCUUGGUUAUUAUGUUGAUCAUGGUUUUGGAUUGGAGGUUUUUCAGCCAGCAAAGUUUGAAAAAUGGGUUGAGGAGGGUUCAGCACCAGCUAUAGAGCUAAGUUUAAAACUCUACAAGGAGGUUCAGGAUUUGGGCUUUAAGGUUUUCUUGCUGACGGGACGCGGUGAGAAUCAAAGGGGAUGCACUGAGACCAACUUGAUCAAUGCCGGGUUCCAGAACUGGGAUAAGCUUAUCUUGAGAGCCUCCGACGACCAUGGUAAACUGGCAACAGUAUUCAAGUCGGAGAAGAGGAGUGAGAUGGAAAAUGAAGGAUAUCGUAUUCUCGGAAAUUCAGGGGACCAAUGGAGCGAUUUACUGGGGUUUUCAAUGUCAGCUCGCUCAUUCAAACUUCCUAAUCCUAUGUAUUACAUUCCUUGACAGGAUCGACAUUAAACUUUUAAAUCAUUGAAAUAAGUGAUUGUGGGUUUCAUGAGGAUCUUAGAAUCAUCCUCAAUGUUGCCAAUUGUAAAAGCAUCUAAAUUCUUGAAUAUUCUUACCCAGGAAUUUAUGAUGCCACAAAUAGUGUUUAAUGACUGCUUACUGAGUUUGUUAAUGAACAGCUAAUUGACUUCUGGUGUUA